AUGACAGAACGAGCUAUCCUUGCGACCAAAAAUGAAUAUGUAGAUGAGCUCAAUGACAAGCUUUUGGAAAAAUUUCCUGGUGAUGAGAUUAUUUUCCAUAGUUUUGACAAGGCUAUUGAUGAUCCACAUAACUACUACCAAGAAGAAUUUUUAAACAAGUUGAUGCCUAAUGGUCUUCCACCGCACAAACUAAAGCUGAAGCAGAAUUGCCCGAUAAUGUUGCUUAGAAAUCUAGACCCAUCAAAUGGACUUUGCAAUGGAACUAGAAUGGUUUGCAAAGAAUUUGACAAAAAUGUUAUUAAAGCAGAAAUAACAAAAAGUCAUCAUGCGGGUCAAGAAGUCAUGAUUCCAAGGAUACCAUUAUCACCAGCGGAAAAUGAAAAUUACCCUUUCAAAUUUCAGCGAAAACAAUUUCCUAUAAGGUUAUGCUUCGCAAUGACAAUAAACAAAGCACAGGGACAAACAAUUAGCACAGUGGGUAUUUAUUUACCACACCAUGUUUUUUCACAUGGACAAUUAUACGUCGCUUUAUCUCGUGGUGUAUCAACACACAAUACAAGAGUGCUGGUUAAAGGCGAAAGAAAACAAAAGAAGGGAUAUACAUACACCAAAAAUAUCGUCUACAAAGAAGUUCUAUACAGGGAAAGGUUAGAAAAAACAUUUAAUUGA